AUGAGCUCGAAUCUGAUCAACAAGCUCAAUUCUCCCGCACAUGAGGAGGUGCGGAAGCUUGUGACGCAGGAUGCCAAGAGCCGCAACGGCACCAGCUCGCAAUUCACCCUGGACGGGGAGCGCGGCCAGGCAACAUCGCAGCUCUGCCGCAAGCUGCCCGACGGUACGGACCAGUGCGCUACGAUUGCAUUGGAGGCGCGCGAUCUCUUCCAGACGAUGCAGUCGCUCGGCUUUUUCUGCAUUUUGCCGCACGAUCCUGCCAAGACGUACAUCCGGUGCGAAAAGAUCCCGAGUUAG